AUGUGUUACACUGUUGAGGAAACAGCGCCCGAAAGGCCUGUGUUUAAGAGUUUUACCGAUAUAUUCACGUCGAGACUCAAUGAGCGAAAGGACGACCACUUGUUUGACUUGACAUUCAAUGACGACAUAAUGUUGGAUACCGUGCGGGAUGGCGACGACAUCCACCACAGCCCCACCCGUGUGGUGUCGGUCACUGCCACUCCCUUUCCCACUACUACCACCACUAUUACGGCCGUACUUACACCCGAGCCAACCGACAACACCGAUAAGGCGGCGCCGGCUGUGGCCGAAGCGGUCGACACUCACCUGACUUUUCCCUAUUCGCCGGUUUCGUCGGUCAGUUUGGACGACAUCGAGAUGGAGCCGCCGAUGAGCGCCGCGCCGGACAUGCAAUCGCCGCCCAGACAUCACUAUAAGUCGCGCUCAUUGAACGCGUUGUUUAACAAAGAGCACAACGACUCGCCGACGAGACCAACGCUAGAUAAGUCGGCCGUAAGAAGCGAUCCAGUGGUCGACACGCGUGCGGAGACGUCGCCGAUGACCGCCACCACCGGUGAGAGACCACCGGUCGCUACCGAUGUGGCGCCAAACGGGUCGCCCUCUGGAGGUAAACCUAUUGAUUACAGUUUGGGUAAUGAUAUUAGCAAUAAGAUGAGCGCCGCGGCGGCCGAUAUGUCGCUACUGUCGUCCCGCUAUAACCCGGCCAUUGAUUAUCAGGCAAUUGGCGAUAAAUCGCAUGAGUUAUUAGAUUACAAUUCAAUAGUCAUUGGCGCGCUGUUUGGCGACACAACAACACCAGACUAUCAGCAAACGCCAGACAAUCAUCGCUCACUAUCAGUGCCUACACCAGCGCCCGGAGCAGCCAAUUGGUUGUCCACAUCGAACCCAUUCAACGCUCAGCAGCCGUUAAGUUAUCCAUCGGGUCCGCCACCGGCCCCGCGACCGCCUUCGUUGCCGCUCUCAUCGGCGACACACUUAACCGGCGCUCAAUUACCGCAUCAAAUGCCGCCC